AUGGGCAAGUCCGGGAAGAGCCCCGGCGGCGGGAGGGCGCCGCCGACGGAGAAGACGACGAGCCCGUGGCCGUCGGACGUGACCUAUCUCACCUCGCUGCACUACGGCGAUGACGUGAAGCGCGCGAAGGAGAUAUACGCCAAGUACCGCGUCUCCGGGGACGACCCCAUCCUCGCGAGCGCAGCCUCGACGAAGAAGAUCGCGCGGUGGCAGCGCAUCGUGGACGCGAACCACCCCGCGCGCGGCGAGCACGGACUCUUCGCGAGCCGCAAGCUCGAAAGAGGCGAACGCAUCGUGGACUACCUCGGGCACGUCUCGCUGCGAGGGAACGAGUCGCAGACGAGCGAUUACACCGCGUCGUUCGGCGACGCGCACGAGCUCGCGCUCGACGCGGAAAAGAUGGGCAACGAAGCGCGCAUGAUCAACGAUUUCAGAAACACGGGAAAGAGAGCGAACGCGCUCUUCGAUCAGUACGUGGACGCGGCGGGGGACACGAAGCUCGGCGUGUUCGUGGGACCGCACGCGAUAGGUAAAGGCGAAGAGAUCUUAGUGUCGUACGGCAAAGGGUUCUGGAGGAACCGCGUCGGAGACAUGUCCGCGUUCACCGGGCACGACGAGUGAACGGAGCGUCUACGAGCUACUUUCACUAGCUAGGAAGCCGCAGACGACGGACGCGCGAGAUAGAUAGAGACGUAGACGUAGACGUAGCGCACGCGCCUUAGGUAGAACACCCACCCAGAACAGCUACUAGUCCGAGUCGCUCUCCUCCUCCUCGCUGUCGUCGUCGCUCUCCUCGUCUGCGUCUUUGAGCCAGUCCACGAACGGCUGCGCGAGCUUUAAAAACCGCCUGUCCUCCUCGCUCGCGUGCGCCUUCUCCUCCGCCCACGCCAACACGCUCACCUCGGACAACACGUCGACGUCGUACAACAUGUGAAGUAUCUUCGCGAACGCGGGGACGAGCAACCCGCCGUUCAUGCCGCGGAACACCUCGUCCUCCGCGCAGUAGUCCUCCAGCGUCAGCAACAUCUCCACCUGAUCGUCCUCCGACUUGAGAAACCGCGUCAACAGCGGCGCCCACUCCUUGACGCGUUCGCGCACGGCUUUGACCGUCGCCGCCGCCCCUUCCGGCGCUCUCGCGGGGUACAGCUUCGCGUUCUCUUUCGCCACGUCGCGCGGCGCCGGCAGCGACAGCCCCAAGAUGGUCAUGAGGACGUACCGCGCGAUGUCCGCGAACGUUCGGUUCUCCGCCAUCUUCAACCCCUGCAACUCCACCACCGCG